UUGGCGUUGCGCCGGCCCGAGCGCACGCUGCGGCCCCCGCCGGCCUUUCCGCUCCCGGUUGGGCCCCGGCUGCAGCCUGCUGCCGCCGGGGCCGCGGGAGGAUGCGGCGCCUGGCGCGGGUGGCGCUGCUGUGCCUGGGCUGCGGCUUGUGCUCGUUGCUCUACGCCUGCAGUCAGCUGGCCCAGUCGCUCGAGCAGGAGGCGCCGCGGCGGCGAGGGGAGCCCACCUUCCCGGUCAGGAGGCAGCUGAGCGGCGGUGGCGGCUGGAGGGCAGAGGCGGGAAGCCCAGGCCGCAGGGAGCGCCGCCCGCUCUGGCCGUCGGAAAGGUGUAAGAAUAUGUCUGUAUCUUACUGGAAUUCCUAUUGGAUGCUGCCCUCUGAUGUUUGUGGAAUGAACUGCUUUUGGGAAGCUGCUCGUAGAUAUGAUUUGGUGAAACCGUCUUCUGAGAAGAUGCACUUGGCAGUGGUAGCCUGUGGUGAAAGAUUGGAGGAGACAGUUACUAUGUUGAAAUCAGCCAUUAUUUUCAGUGUCAAGCAUCUACAGUUCCAUAUCUUUGCAGAGGACCCACUGCAUAGGGAUUUCAAAGGAAUGCUUGAUGGUUUGGCGCAUCAAGGAAAAUUUAAUUAUACUCUGUAUCCCAUCUCAUUUCCAACUGAAAAUGCAGCAGAAUGGAAGAAAUUAUUCAAGCCCUGUGCUUCUCAAAGACUUUUCUUGCCUUUGAUUCUCAAAGAUGUGGACUCUUUGCUAUAUGUUGAUACAGACAUCUUGUUUUUAAGACCUGUUGAUGAUAUUUGGUCUUUUUUGAAAAAAUUUAAUUCUUCUCAAAUUGCUGCAAUGGCACCAGAGCAUGAGGAGCCUCGUAUUGGAUGGUAUAAUCGCUUUGCUAGGCAUCCAUAUUAUGGAAAAACUGGAAUAAAUUCUGGAGUAAUGUUAAUGAAUAUGACCCGUAUAAGAAGAAAAUAUUUCAAGAAUGAUAUGACAACAGCACGGUUACGGUGGGAAGAAAUUCUUAUGCCACUGCUAAAAAAAUACAAGUUGAAUAUAACAUGGGGUGAUCAGGAUCUUCUGAACAUCAUGUUUUCCCAUAAUCCAGAAAGCCUGUUUGUGUUUCCUUGCCAGUGGAACUAUCGUCCAGACCAUUGCAUUUAUGGAAGUAAUUGUCAGGAGGCUGAAAAAGCAGGAAUAUUUAUCCUUCAUGGAAACAGAGGCGUUUAUCAUGAUGACAAACAACCUGCUUUUCAGGCUGUGUAUGAAGCAAUAAAAUAUUAUUCAUUUGGUAAUGACCUGGUACAUUCCUUGCUGCUACCCCUUGAACUGGAACUACAAAAGACACAGCACACUUACUGCGGAAGAAUAUACAAAGUGUUCAUAAAGCAGCUAACAAAAAGCAUAAGGGACAUUUAUGAUAGAAGAUCUAAGGAAAGGUGAUCAUUACAGGCUCUCCAGACGGCUGAAUUAAAGAACACAGAUAUGGGAGAAUAUAUGAUGCCUGAAGGAUAUUCAUGCAAGAAGUCGCAUAAUGCUCUAAUCAGUUGUUAGUCAUGUGUCCAGAAACGUCUCCCAGUGUGAACAAAAUGAAGAUGCUGCGCAUGCAGGAAAAAAAAAAUACUGCAGAGAAUGCUUGAAGUUCAGUUAGUACAGAUAUUCAUCACAGUGAAUAAGUUAUUCAUGUUUGUAUUCAGGUUUAUUUUACGCAACUUGUUUGUAAACCUCAAAAGAUUUAAGACAAAAUGAAGGUUUCUACACUUCAGGUAUGACUUUAUACUUUAGUUAUACCUAUUCUAAAAUUUUGCUAGACUGUGAAUGUAGCAAUAAUGGAGACAGCACUAACCUCACUUUAAAAAUGUGAGAACAAAUUGUUUACAGAUGUCAGAAGUUAUUCUGUUUUUAAAGGAAUGUGAUAUAAGUUUAGACAAUCUAUAUGUGCCUUUUUUAUAUUUUAAAAUAUUUUGACAAUCAUGUUAUAUAUAACCUGCACAAGUAUAACCAGGACUUCCACUUAAAGUGAGAAUAACUAGUGGAAAUAAAUGUAUCCCUCUCCCAUAGUUAAUGAAACAUUGCUAUGAAAAGGAUGAUGGGAAUUUGAAGAGUACAUAAGCACACUCAAGAACUAGCAUGUGGGGGUUAUUACAAUUUUUUUAGACUUUCAUAGUUUUAAAACCCUAUUAGUAUCAAAAGCAAAUUUUCAUGCAGUUUGGAAAAACAAAUUAAGAACCAUGAGCAGUUUGUGUGGUUCUUUAGAUCCUGCCCAGAGCUUAACAUGAGGCCAAAAUUCCCUUUGCUGUAUUUUUAAAAAUUAAGGAUGAAUAUGAUAGGUAUACUUUUCACUACAGUUUUUAAUAAAUUGAAGUACAUCUUCAUGUGACUUUUCUAGUCAUUCUGGAAAGGAAAAUGUGAAAUAAACUAUUGCUUAUUAUGAAUAGGUAUCUGAAGCCUAAUAGUGACAACCUAGUACAUUCUUAUUCAUCAGAAUCAGUAUACAAUAGGUUUAAUCAUAGAGAAGUACUAUUUGGAUUUUUUUUUUGCUUACCAAAUAGAUAAUGCACAUUUGGCAACAAAGCUUUAAAAUUUUGGCCAGAAUCUUUGUUGUUGCAAACCUCUGAUUUCAGUGGUUUCAUAGUUAUUUCAGUGGCACUGUUAAGCAGCUUUCUGUUUAUAUUGUUUGUUGUGUCUAAUCUUAGUCAUUACUGUAAAAUAGCAUCUUAUAACAUUUGAGUUAUACUUCUGUAGUGGGAGUGAAGUUGGCAUUUGAUCUUUAAGCACUUGAACGGCAUUCCCUGCUGUUGGAAGUUCAGGGCCCCAAAAAUUUGAGAAGAAGGAAAGGUCAUUCCUUGGCCAUGCUGAGAUGUACAACCUCCACUGUUAUAAUUAUGCAAGUCCCUGUAGAACAAUAAACUUCACACCGCAGUAUGAGUUGUCUGUUCAGUUGCCAAAACUGAUGUGAACAAACCUUAAUUACUGUGCAUCCUGCAAUUCUUAACUGUUUUUAAAAUAGUGAACAAAGCACACUUUACUAUUUUGAAAAAAUGUCUGAUGACAAAUGUCUGUUUAUCGGUUCCAUUUAUCCUUUCUCAGCAUUCCACUGGGAUCGCAGUCAGCCACUGCUGAGGGUUAGAGAAUCUUCAGGAACAAGGUCAUGUGACUGAGGGGCUAUAUCAGGGGGAAGUUUGCUGAAAUUCCCGCUAUUGUGUGAAAAGAGCAAGCUUACACCAGAGAUGAGGGCUUUCUGCUUAUUCUCCAUUCAGUUCCCCUGAACACAUGACAUAUUGUUCUGUAGGGCCCUGUGACCAUCAAUAAUGGCUGUUCAAAGGCAAGAAGGUAAUAAAAAUCACUUCUGUUAACUAACUCCAUUUGUGGAAGUUUUGAUCCGAUCCAAAGAUGCCAACCUGCAUUAUUGGAACUGACCAUUACCCUGUUUGUCUUGCAUGAAGAAAAAAAAAGAAACCUCAUUUUAAUAUUGUUAACUUGGAUAUACAUAAGACAUUUUCAUGGAGUCAUACUGUAACUUUUCUUAAAUAUAUUUGAAUAUGUCAGUACUUUUAGAAAAUGAACAGAAUUGGAGGCUGACUUCCAUGCAAAUAAUUGUUAUACUUAUUUUUACAUAAACUGGUUUUAUAUUA